CAAGCGCUGUCUUUUUGUGUUUGCAUUAUUCAGACCUCACUGAUGGAAAAGUCCUUCGAAGAGCUGAGGACCCGCUUUUAGCGCAUGCAAAAGUAAUGUAAAUACAUCUUGAGGAGUUCUUGACUUGAAACAUAACUACACGGCGUGCGUUUUAAGAAGCCCGGCUGCCCUUUUCAUCCACUUGACUGGUAGGAGUCAGCAUGUCUGCGUGGAGAUACUUUAAAAUCUUGGAAGCGAAGCAGCCUAGCUGAAAGAGACUACGGAGCAGCACUGCUUGGACUCUGCCUAGCCUCCCACUUGCUCUGCUUUUCUCAAGAUGGUAGUAGUCUAGCUGCAAAUCCUGACCUUUGAGAGGAAUGAGCUGAGAGCAGAGCAUCCAAUGGAGCUAACGGAGCAACUGGAAUGUGGCUGUCGAACGCACCAUGACACCAUGCGUCUCCUGCAGGCCAGGCCCCAAGAAGUUUGUAGGCCGCGAUGAACCGUUCCGCCUGCGCCUGGAGGCUCCCAGUUCCCUACGUCGCUUUUUGGCACUGAACGUGAACUACCUGGGCACCAUGGAGUCUUUUGUUGUUGUGACGGAGUAUGAGUCCACUGCUCAGCCUGGACGGGGGCAGCAGGAUGACCUGGAGGACGAGGAACCGAUGGAACCCUGCGAGGAACAUCCAAUGGCGCCUGAUCCCACAAAAACUGAAGAGAAGGGCGUCCUCGGAAAUGCUGCCGCGUGUCCUUUGAGGGAACCGCGAAGCAAACUGAAUCUUUCAAGUAGAAAGCUUUCUCUCCAGGAGAGGUCUCAGUCCGUCCAGUCUCCUGGUAGCAACGCGGGUGUAAAUGGACGCUACAUCUAUCCUUCUCUCCCUUACUCCCCGGUCACAUCUCCCCAUUCAUCACCUCGUCUGCCCCGGAGGCCGACGAUAGAAUCGCACAGAGUUUCGAUCACAGGCCUGCAGGACUGUGUGCAGUUAAAUCAAUAUACGUUGAAAGAUGAAAUCGGAAAGGGCUCUUACGGGGUUGUGAAGCUGGCCUACAACGAAGACGACAACACCUACUAUGCAAUGAAAGUACUUUCCAAAAAGAAGCUGAUGAGACAAGCAGGGUUUCCACGCCGCCCACCCCCUCGCGGUGCCAAGCCCCCCAUGGAAGGCUUCUGCCAACCAAAAGGGCCCAUUGAGCAGGUGUACCAAGAGAUCGCCAUCUUGAAAAAGCUCGACCACCCGAAUGUAGUGAAGCUAGUGGAGGUGCUAGAUGACCCCAGCGAAGAUCAUCUGUACAUGGUAUUUGAACUUAUGAAAAAAGGGCCUGUGAUGGAGGUCCCAACCCUGAAACCUCUUACCGAAGACCAGGCACGCUUCUACUUCCAAGACUUGAUCAAAGGCAUUGAAUACUUGCAUUACCAAAAGAUAAUCCACCGGGAUAUUAAGCCUUCCAAUCUCUUAGUUGGGGAAGAUGGUCACGUCAAGAUCGCCGAUUUUGGUGUGAGCAACGAGUUCAAAGGGACUGAUGCUCUGUUAACCAACACAGUGGGCACCCCGGCUUUCAUGGCCCCAGAAACCCUCUCGGAAACCCGGAAAAUAUUUUCUGGAAAGGCUUUAGAUGUUUGGGCUAUGGGGAUUACUCUCUACUGUUUUGUGUUUGGGCAGUGCCCUUUUAUGGACGAGAGGAUUCUAAGCCUGCAUAGCAAAAUCAAGAGUCAAAUGCUAGAGUUCCCUGACCAGCCAGAUAUUUCUGAUGAGCUGAAGGAUCUGAUAAUGCAGAUGUUGGACAAAAACCCCGAAUCCAGGAUCACAGUCCCGGAAAUUAAGGUGCACCCUUGGGUCACCAAGAACGGAGUAGAGCCGCUGCCAACAGAGGAUGAGAACUGCACACUCGUGGAGGUGACGGAAGAAGAGGUCGAGAAUUCGGUGAAACACAUCCCGAGCUUGGCCACAGUGAUCCUGGUGAAGUCAAUGAUCAGGAAAAGAUCUUUUGGGAACCCAUUUGAGGGAAGCAGAAGAGAUGAGAGAUCCUUGUCCGCACCUGGGAAUUUGUUGACCAGGAAGCAAGGCGGCGAAGACAACCUGAAACUCAGCAGCGACCUGCCGGAUGUGGAAGAGGACGAAUUGCUUUCUUGAAACCCAACCUUUGGCCUAGGAUGCACCACCUGGUUCCCUGCUCCCGUUGCAAAGCAUGCACCUGUGAGGGGAGGGCGCUACAGAGCACAAGUGGAACCUACCAGCGUUCUGUGAGGCUGAGGGUAGAGCUUUUUAUAAUAGCAUGCUGUAAAAAUCGGACUGUCCACUCGUCAGCAACUAUCAUCUCCGGCUGGCUUCAGAUGGCAAAUCAGAGGGACCGCGAGCAGCCUUGUGACCAGCUGUUUUACAGAUGGAGCAGUGGGAUCCUUUAUCAGCCUGACUUCACGAAAAGCGAACAAGUGACCCCCCCCCAACCCCCCAAAAGGGGAGGGGCAAGAGUUUUAAAAGCCAAGUUUUCAGGCGAAAUAUUUCAGAGCCUAGAGUUCACAUCUGAAACAAAAGUGGACAGAUCUAAGCAUGACAUUCUGUGCCAAGUGGAGUGUCUGAAACUUGCCAGUGACAUUCAUUGUUUCUUGCUUUGGUGUUUUAUCUUUUUUGUAUUGAUACUUUUUAUUGCAUGAAAACAGAACACACACCAGUAGCGGUACAUCAAGGGAGUUCCUAAAAAAGGCUUUGCCUCUUAUGUGCAGCUGGACUUAGUUCCACAGAAUGCUGGGACCUGACCUUCAGUAAGAUCUUACUAUCACUCCGGCUUGUUAGAUUCCAGACCUGCAAGAUCCCCCUCAAAAGGGCUUGAAGUUACCAGAAUCCUUAGGGGGCUGGACUUCAACAUGAUUGUGUUCAAGCACAAAGCGGGACUGCUGGGUAGAAAUGAAAUUUUGCCCGGCUAACAAGACUAUACUGCUGGAAAUUUUACUGGAUCAGUGUCUAUCUGGGUAUGUCCAAAAUUCAGGGCUUUUAAACAAUAAUCCAACACUUCCUGGUCUGCUACAGUUUAGUACAUUUUGAAUAACAAAUGCCCAGGUUCUACAGUUUUUGCUAUUUUACUGAAAUAAUGAUAUAUUGAAUUUGCUACCCAUCAAUGUUCAGAUCAGCUCAUAUGCAAAAGUAUUCCCUGGCUUUUCUUAUCCCAAAGCCUCAUUUCUUUUGGAACUGCACCAAGGUUUAUGUAGUCUUGCAUCUUCAUAGCUGUUAGCUGAAUACCCUCUCAAUGAACUCUCUGAGAUCAGGAAAUAAAAUACCUAACCUCA